CAACACUACUUCUCCUAGAAGCUAGUAGAGAAAACCAAACCAAAAAUGGCAGACAUUGAAAGGUCUCUUGGAACCUCUGUGCAUGGGUUAACCGGCAGAGAACAAACAUUUGCUUUUUCUGUGGGUUCCCAAACUAUUCCCAGUAACACAGCUAAAUUUGACUUACCGGUUGAUUCUGAGCACAAGGCCAAAGCUUUGAAAAUCUUCUCAUUUGCUCAGCCCCACAUGAGAUCUUUCCACCUUGCAUGGAUCUCAUUCUUUACCUGCUUCAUCUCCACCUUCGCCGCCGCCCCUCUCAUCCCGGUCAUCCGGGACAAUCUCGAUUUGACCCGAUCCGACAUCGGCAACGCCGGCGUCGCCUCCGUCUCCGGCAGCAUAUUCUCCCGCCUCGCCAUGGGCUUCAUCUGCGACCUCAUCGGCCCGCGCUACGGCUGCGCCUUUCUUAACCUCAUAACCGCCCCCGUCGUUUUCUCCGUCGCGUUCGUCUCGUCCGCUCCGGGCUUCAUCGCCGUCCGGUUCCUCAUCGGAUUCUCCCUGGCAACAUUCGUGUCGUGCUCCUAUUGGACCAGCACCAUGUUCAACGGCAAAAUUAUCGGGCUGGUCAACGGCGUCUCCGCCGGGUGGGGUGAUAUGGGCGGCGGCGCUACUCAGCUCCUAAUGCCUUUCCUCUUCCACGUCCUGAAACUCGCCGGAGCUACUCCUUUCACGGCGUGGCGUAUCGCGUUUUUUAUCCCCGGAUGGCUCCAUAUUAUCGUCGGGAUUAUGGUCUUGACCCUCGGCCAGGACUUGCCGGACGGGAACCUAAGUGCGUUACGGAAAAGCGGCGAUGUAGUGAAAGAUAAAUUUUCUAAGGUUUUUUGGUACGCUGUGAGGAAUUAUAGGACGUGGGUUUUCUUCUUCGUGUACGGUUACUCCAUGGGACUUCAGCUCUGUAUAAACAAUGUAAUAACGGAAUACUUUUACGACAAGUUUAGCCUUAAACUCCACACAGCCGGAAUUAUCGCCGCAUCUUUCGGAAUGGCCAACUUCUUUUCCCGCCCUUUUGGCGGUUACGCCUCCGAUUUUUUCGCCGCGAAAUUCGGGAUGAGGGGGCGGUUAUGGGUGCUCUGGAUCCUCCAAACCCUAGGAGGAGCCUUCUGCAUAUGGCUAGGCCGAGCCGAAUCGCUCCCUGUAGCCAUUACCGCCAUGGUUCUGUUCUCCAUCGGAGCUCAGGCCGCGUGCGGGGCCACCUACGGAAUCAUCCCGUUCGUUUCCCGGCGAUCACUGGGGCUGAUCUCCGGGCUCACCGGCGCCGGAGGCAACUUCGGCGGCGGGUUAACGACGUUUCUGUUCUUCUCGAGCUCGAGAUUCUCUACUGCCACGGGGAUAACGUGGAUGGGGGUGAUGGCCGUGGUUUGUACUCUCCCGGUGGCGUUCAUCCAUUUUCCGCAGUGGGGAAGCAUGUUUUUUGCGGCGUCCGAGGACGAGAAACGCGACGAGGAAUAUUACUAUGAAGGGGAAUGGAAUGAGGAGGAGAAGCUGAAGGGUUUGCACCAAGGAAGCGUUAAGUUUGCAGAGAACAGCCGGUCGGAACGUGGAAAGAAGAGAACGUCGGCGACAGUAUCUGCCGCAGUUACUCCGCCUCAGGCCACUCCGAUACACGGACAAGUUUAAUCAAUAUAAUAUAUGAUGAAUAAAACUCAAGAAAUUCUUAUUUCCAGUUACUUGGAUUAUGGAGUAGAUGUCGUACGGAAUAUGAUUGGUUGUAGUAGUUACGUUGUACGUAGUAUGGAUGUAUGAUGACUGAAUAACCAUGAUACCGUACGUACAAGUGUGUACCUUUGUCUUCUGUAACAAAAUAUAUA